AUGAGGAUUACCUUGGUUGUGCUCCUGCAUGCAGCAGCAGCAGCAGCAGCAGCAGCAGCAGCAGCAGCAGCAGCAGCAGGAGUAGCAGCAGGAGUAGCAGGAGAUGCAGAUGCAGCAGCAGCAGCAGGAGAUGCAGAAGCAGCAGCAGCAGCAGCAGCAGCAGCAGCAGCAGCAGCAGCAGCAGCAGCAGGAGCAGCAGCAGGAGUAGCAGGAGAUGCAGAUGCAGCAGCAGCAGCAGGAGUAGCAGGAGAUGCAGAUGCAGCAGCAGCAGCAGGAGCAGCAGGAGAUGCAGAAGCAGCAGCAGGAGCAGCAGGAGAUGCAGAAGCAGCAGCAGCAGCAGCAGCAGCAGCAGGAGAUGCAGGAGAUGCAGCAGAAUGA